UUACCUGGACCCCCGCAGGAGAUGGGUGCCCCCUUCGGCACACUGUCCUUUGGCCACCGGACAUCAUGCCUCCCAAGAAGGAUGUUCCCGUGAAGAAGCCAGCACCAGCAGGCCUCUCCAUCUCCAAAACUGCUGUCAAGCCAGCAGCAGGGGCCCCUCCAGUCAAGACGAAGGCUGAGGCCAUGCCAGCUGGCCUUCGGGCUUCUGAGAAACCCCACGAGCCCCCCAUCGAUCUCUCCAAAGUAGUGAUCGAGUUUAACAAGGACCAACUGGAGGAGUUCAAGGAGGCCUUUGAGCUGUUUGAUCGAGUAGGAGAUGGCAAGAUCCUGUACAGCCAAUGUGGAGAUGUGAUGAGGGCCUUGGGCCAGAACCCCACUAACGCGGAGGUGCUAAAGGUCCUGGGGAACCCCAGAAAUGACGAACUAAAGUCCCGGCGUGUGGAUUUUGAGACUUUCCUGCCCAUGCUUCAGACAGUGGCUAAGAACCGUGACCAAGGCACAUAUGAGGACUACUUGGAGGGACUCCGGGUGUUUGACAAAGAGGGGAAUGGCAAAGUCAUGGGAGCAGAGCUCAGACAUGUCCUUACCACCCUGGGAGAGAAGAUGACUGAGGAGGAGGUGGAGAGUGUUCUGGCAGGGCACGAGGACAGCAAUGGCUGCAUCAACUAUGAAGCUUUCCUGAAGCACAUCCUAAGCGUCUGAGCUGUACAGGUGGGGCUCGCUCUCUCUGCCUCGAGAGGCAAGUCUCUUUCCCUUCCCUUAGUCGGGGUGGAAAAGCAGGGCAGUGCGGGGCAGGUGCCAGGGCUUGGCAACUUUCAUCUUUUUCCACAGAUGCCGCGGGGCAGGACACACUGAUCCCUGCAACCCGCCCCCGCCCCCAGCGGAAGCACGUUCCUGCCACUAGGAGGCCGCCUAUUGUUUCAAAAUAAAGAGAAGCUUCCUCA